UCAGAGCUAUAACUGUAUAAUAAAAAAAUUUAAAAUGAGUUGCUUUGAAUCCUGUGUUAAAUGUCUUGGUCUGGUACCAUGGGCAUCUUUGAUUGCUCUUGUUAUCUGCUGGGCAGGAACAGCAUUAUUCUGUGGUACGGGACAUGAAGCUCUCACCCUAUCAUUAAAGGUGUUGGUGGAUGCAAAAAUUCCCGGAUUUUCUCAAGGCACAUCUAAUAUUGAUGAAGUGUUUCAAGCAUUCAAAUACGCUAUAUAUGGUAUUGCACCUUUCAUGUUCAUUUUAACAAUCCUACUUCUGGUUGAUGGAAUACUGGCAACUAGAGCAGUCAAAAAGGAAAUUGAAUUUAGUUGUAAAACAAACAAAUGUGGAAUUUGUGCCGGAAUUUUGUAUUCUGUGAUAACAUACCUCACAUCUGUGGCUUGGUUGUUAAUGUCUGUGUUUGCUGGUUUACCUAUCUACUUUUUUCAAGUGUCAAAUACACAAUGUGGUAUUGUUUUGGAUCAACCAAGUUCAAACAUUACUGGAGUAUGUAUUGAUUUCGUCCAAGCAGGACUGAUGCCUUACCAAAAUGCUCCUGAAAACUAUGGCAAACUUUGUGGGGAAGACUUGAAAACUGUCUGUGACAGUAAUGAUUACACAUUAACAUAUCAGAUGUUUUUGAUUGCAUUUGCUGGAUCAUGCAUAGUUGUCUUAAGCUUGAAACAUUUCCUGAUGGCUCUCUCUGCAAAUUUUGCCUAUAUCAAGAUGUCUCGAAAAUUAGCAGAUUAUCAAAAUACCAAAUACCAGGAAGAAAUGGAAUUGAACGACAUCAUUAAUACUGCCCGUUCGAAUGAAAGGCUGACUUACAAAUAUUAAUCUCAGCAUUCAAGAAUAAAUGGUGUAGACAAGCAUUUGAUUUUCGUCAACAUACUUUUUCUGUAAAAACUUUUACACUUUUUUUCGUUUCAAGAAAUAUGACAUUGUUCUAUAUUGCUGCUGCCUUUAUGUGAAUGAAUAAAGUUGCAAUUGAACAUCAUUACUAUUCAGAGGAACAAAAAUUUAAUGCCAAAUUGUGAUUUCCAUGAAUGUUUUAUUGCAUCAUAACCAAUGCUCAAUUAAAUUGUGAAGUCUUGCCUUAUAUCCGAAUACUAUGGUGCUUAUUAAAAUAGACUUUUUUAAAUUGAUCGUUAGGUCAUUUUUUUGUGUGUGAAUUUGCUAUAAAUCCUCUGCAUUGCAAGAUGCUCUAUUUUCUUUUAUACUGGUACAUUUAUGAUUUCUAAAUUUUUUAUUACAAAUUUGUAAAAUUCAAACUAGAAUUACUUAAUUCAAAUUGUUUGUGUCAUUUUGCUUCACACAUAUUUUUGCUGCUUAUUAAAAUGCAUAAUCAUGACCUUUUUAAUUAAAUUAUCAACUACAAUGAAUUUCUUACAAUUAAUUUAGUCCUAUUAGUUCGAAGAUAAUAAUAAUAGCAUAUAUGAUCAAAUGUGUUUAUUGAACCAAAUGUCAAUUUAUAGGCCUUAUUCACUUAAAACAUUAUUACCAUUCGAUACGACUUGAUAAAUUGAUGAUACUUUUACCUUAAAAACAUUUUGAGAACGUCUGUUCUAGAAACAGUCCUAGGUUCCUAAACCUUGAAUAUCAUGAAGAUUGUUUAGAAUGUAGUUUAAUGAUAUGAUAAUCCCCUUGAGAUGGAUGGCCAAAUCAUUUUGUUGAUUGCAUACUUUUGCUUGAUUCACUCUUUUUAUAAGCCAGACCAACUAUUUCAGUACAGUUUGACUCUUGCCAACCCUUAUGUAUAUCUGGUUUGGGAAUAUAUGGUGAAUCUUUUUCAUUUAUAUGUAUAAAUUCAUUGAUUUCUCUACUAAACGUACUAUUUUUUAUUAUAUGAAUACUAUAGAAAUGAUGAAGUAAAUAAAAAUGUGAAAUCCAAAGCUUCUGUGCGUUAUGCACAGAUUAUCUAUCACAGAAAUAUAGAAACUUUUUUUCCUUCAAUCCAUUUCUUUGUAUUCAGAACAUUGGCACAAUUAAUAUGUGCCAAGGUGCAGUUUUUUCUCAGGGUAAAAUACUUUAAAAGUAAAUUUUUCGUAAAUAAUAUUGUUAUAUCAACCAAUAUACUAGUAGAUAUAUAGUGAAUAGAAUGUAUAGAUAUAGUAUAUUUAUUGCUGCCGCCUGUUAACAGUUAAUUGAGAUCAAAUUUCUAUUUUUUCUGACGAAUUUAGAUCCAAAGUCUAAAUGAAUAUUUGCAAUAAAUCAUGAUAUAACCAUUUAUGAGACUUCCCAGCAAGUGGCCUUUAUUUGGAUGUGUCGGUACCUUUUUACUCAAAAGCUUCACUAUUAUAAUUUGAUAAUUUCUGCAAUUUUACAUAAUCACAAAUCCAGUUUUAUCAUUGUGGGAUGAUAUGUUUCAUUGCAAUGCAGUCGGUGUAUAUCUCACUAAGUGAAACCAAUUGGUAAAGUCGGCCAGUUGAAGGUCUUGACUCUUGUGCAUCUUUGUACCAAAACUUCAACAGUUUGGGCGAUAUCUAAUUUUUGUUAAUAUUUAUAAUGAUAUUUUACUUUACUUGGUUAAAGAAUUGAUACUUUCUGUAUUUGCAUUACCUCUCAGUGCCUAUAUUGUUACACUAGUAGAACAUCCCAAACAGUAGUUAUAUGUUUGUUUAUUCCAAAGAGUAUAAAAUUGAUAGUGCAUACUUAUUUCGCGCCCGUUUCAUCAUUCAUGGUUUAAACCCCAACACUUCAAACCAAGUAUGGAAUGAUACAAUGAAUUCCUGCCAGUGAUAAGUUUCAAGUAAUUCCGGCGAUAAAAAAUGACUUCUCUUUUAGUGAUACUCUUUGUUUUGAUAUACAACGUCAAGAUUUUGGUCAUUUUACAUCAUAGUCUCUGGUGAGCUCUGCCAGACACUUUUGAGGAGUAAAUAUUCUCACUUUUCGAAUUUCAUCCUUUCUCCCAUCAUGUUAUUCGCACAAUUUUUUUUCUUUCCUCAUGGUUUACUUUUAGCAGUGAUCACUGGGUGCUUUUUAUUAAAUUGAAAUGUUUACCUUACAUUCAUUAUUACACCGACUGGUACUUGUUUAAUGAUCAAUUCUAUAUUUAGUUUUUAAAUUCUCAUUAUAAAGAGUAUAGUAUAUAGAUCUAUAGAAAUCGAAUCUAGAAAUAUUGUGAUAUCAUCUUUUUAUAUUCUGCAUGUUUACAUGCAACAUAUCUGGCAUUUUACAAUCUGGUACUAUUAGUUGUUUAUAUAUAUAUAUAUAUAUUAUAUAUCAUUAGUAUUCGGUGCUCAAUUUAACAUUGUGCCAUAUAUUUUUUUGUUCGAUUUUUUUUUAUUAGGAGUAUAGUGAUAUAGAGUUGCCAGGCAACAACAACAACUUUGCAUCCUUCAUUAUUCAGCAAAAUAAAAUUUGGCAUGAGUCAAUUUUGUUGUGGCGACAAAUGUUAAUAUCAAAGAUAACAAUUUUGUGGAAGUUGUAAAUUUUACUACACUUUUUCUGGAAAUAAAUGUCUCGAUGGAGAUUUAGUUGCUAACUCUGUUUAUUACUGUCAAAAAAACAUUGUGCACUUAUAUGAAGAUGGCUUGCCUUGUUUUUUUUCAUAUUACAUGUAUGACAAAGUUCUGGUAUAACGUAAAAGGGAUCUGAUUACAAAUGGUAUUAUGAUGAACAAAUAAAUUCAACUGGUCUGCCAUCAACACUUGUCUAAUCAGCUAUCUUUGUGAGAUCGAAAAUCAUAUUUUGUAACUUGCAUGGAUGUACUCUUUGGAUAGUUUUUCUGCAUUAUAUAAAAAACAUUCGUCGUUUCCUUCUCAAACUUAUCGUUUUAAGAAUUCAAUUCAAUUUCUGUACUUUGUGCCUAUAUAUUGCCUUUAUCUUGUCAUUUAAUGAGCUGCUCAUUUAUUCAGCUGCGCAUUGUCUUACUGUUCAGAAGGGGAGUUUUCUCCAGUAAAGUGGACUAAUAUUUGCUACAAAAUGUGUUUUAAAGUACCUUUUAAUAGAUGUCGAUAUAGGUAAUAUGGCUUCUGGAGAAAUAAAUUCGAAACUCAUACUCGUGUUGUAAUA